AUGCCGAUUCCUUUUCUGUCGACGGCUAUCUGGUAUGGUAUACCAGGUAUGCCAAGUAGGUGGACGAUUUUCUGCGGCUUCCUCGCGAUUGUCGUCCUCUCCUUCGUCAAAUGGGUUUCCAUGGGCACAACAAACACAUCGGAGAGAAAACUCCAUGGGAAAGUGGUGAUACUCACAGGAGGAACGUCAGGGAUAGGAGCAGCGACGGCACUGGACCUAGCAUCACGAGGCGCACAGUUGAUACUCCUCGUCCACCAAUCGCCCUCGGAUUUAUUCCUCGUCGACUACAUUGACGAUCUGCGAGAACGAUCAGGAAACCAUAUGAUAUACGCGGAGCAGGUGGACUUGUCAUCUCUGUGGAGCAUACGGAAGUUUGCGACCAAAUGGAUCGAUAACGCACCACCUCGGCGACUCGAUAUGAUUGCUCUAUGUGCCUCGACUCUUACUCCACCCGGCAGAUCUCGCAUCAUGACAGAAGAGGGACUGGAAGAGACUUGGAUGGUUAACUAUCUUGCCAAUUUCCAUCUACUCAGCAUUCUCAGUCCGGCAAUUCGAACACAGCCCCCGGACAGAGACGUAAGAAUUAUUUUCACGACGUGUUCAGCCUAUAUAAACUCACCCGCGAUUGGAGAUGGAAGCGAUGCGCUCAAGAAGAAGGAAUGGUCGCCUUCGAAAGCCUAUGCCCGAAGUAAAUACGCACUAAAUGUUUUUGGACACGCCUUUUCGAAACAUCUCGACGCAUACAAGCGACCUGAUGGAGCACCUACAAAUGCGCGUGUUGUAUUUGUGGAUCCUGGAUAUUGCCGGACACCGGGUAUGCGAAGGUAUCUCACACGGGGAACCCUUUGGGGGUUGUCAAUCUAUUUGGCAUUAUGGCAGACCGUAUGGCUUUUGUUGAAGAGCCCGGAAGGAGGUGCUCAGAGUUUCUUGUAUGCGGCUAUGGAAGCUACCCUUGGUCGUGGCUACGGAGGAAAGUUAAUCAAGGAAUGUCGAGAAAUGGCAUUUGCAAGAAAGGAUGUCACGGAUGAGAAGAUUGCAGAGAAGCUUUGGAAGGGAACUGAGAAGCUCAUUGAGAAGACUGAGAAGGAUGAGGCUGUGAAAAGGUCUUUGAAAAAGAAGGAAGAGAAGGAGGCAAAGGAGGCAAAGGAGGCAAAGGAGAAAAAAACUUCAUCUGAGAAGGUCGCGCCUAAAGCAGAUUCAAAUGGCAAUAGCGACAGUAAGAACGCCAAAUCACGUAGGCAGAAGAAGGCGAAAUGA